UUCACAUCGGCUGCUGCUGCUGAGGUUCCUGAUCUGGAUCAGAGCCAGUUCUGCACCUCCCUGGGUGGGCUCUACAGGUUCUUCUGGGUUCUGCUGUGUUGGAGUGCAAAAGGAACAUGAGGACUAGAGAAGAAGAACAGAGGAGUCCAACCUGAGGAGGAGAAACAAUUCAGAGCUGCUGAGCAGGUGAACCUGAGUCAGCUGACUCCCCAGUUACCAUGGAAACCCCAUCCCCUUCUCCUCAGUCUUUAGGGAGAAUCUUAUCUAUGGUCUUUACUGAGCACCAACAGAAAGGAAGUCUCCUUCACAAUAUGAGCUGAUGGACUGCAGGCAAGUAGAUAAAGAGACUGACAGACAGGUGAUCUUCUGCAUCUUCAGCAGAUGGCGGGUAAUUGGUCCAUCCUGAGGCUGCCAUCGCUAACUCCGUCUGCCAGCUCUGCAGCCCCACCCCUUCUUAACACUUCCCAGUACCCCCCUCUUACAGACUGGGAGGCUCCCAGCUUCACCCGGGCCGCUCAGUUCCGAGUUGGAGCAACCUUUGUCCUCUUCCUGUUUGCCGCCUGCAGUAACCUCGCCCUGUUGGUCAGCGUGUGGAGAGGGCGGCGGCUGGCGUCUCAUCUGCGCCCGCUGAUGCUGAGUCUGGCAUCGGCCGACCUGAUGAUGACAUUCGUGGUGAUGCCUCUGGAUGCGGUGUGGAACAUGACAGUGCAGUGGUACGGUGGUGACGUGCUCUGCAAGCUGCUCUGCUUCCUGAAGCUGUUUGCCAUGCAUGCCUCCGCCUUCAUCCUCGUCGUCAUCAGCCUGGACCGACAGCACGCCAUCCUGCACCCACUGGAUGCUCUGAGCGCACACAGCAGGAACCGACGCAUGCUGCUGCUGGCCUGGACCCUCAGCCUGCUGCUCGCAUCACCGCAGCUGUUUAUCUUCAGGACCAUCAGAGUGGACUCAGUAGACUUCACUCAGUGCGCGUCUCACGGCAGCUUCAGCCGCCGCUGGCAGGAAACUGUUUACAACAUGUUCCACUUCACCACGCUAUAUGUCAUCCCCCUGCUGGUGAUGAGCUGCUGCUACAGCCGCAUCCUGCUUCACAUCCAUCAGCAGCAUCUGAGGGACAAAGCAGGUGAAUCACCCCUGCGUCGCAGUGGCACUGACAUCAUCCCAAAGGCCCGGAUGAAGACUCUGAAGAUGACGGUGGUCAUUGUGCUGUCCUUUGUUGUCUGCUGGACGCCAUACUAUCUGCUGGGGAUUUGGUACUGGUUCCAGCCCGACAUGCUGCGCGUCACACCAGAGUACGUCCACCAUGCCCUCUUUGUGUUCGGGAACCUGAACACCUGCUGCGAUCCCAUCAUCUACGGUUUUUAUACGCCAUCCUUUAGAGCUGACCUAGGUGCUUGCUGCCGCCAGGCAAGGAGCAAUGCAGACCCUUCGCCCAAAUACAUGAACCGACUGUCUGCCAGGGAGGGGCCUCACAGCAGGCAGCAUGAGCCACAGCCCACCACCAACAUCCAGUCUGCAGCAGACUGAUGCCAACCAGUCAGAGGACUGGACUUGAACAUGCGACUCCAGUGAUUGAUCUGCAAUUUUCUGCAGGUGUCUGAGCAGAGUUCUUGCCACAGAAUCAGAAUAAAACAGUUUUUGUCUGCGUGUUGGCUUCGACUUUAGAGCCUAACAAUGAGUUUUCCGGGGAUUCCAGUAACUUGUAAAUCUGUUAAUUAAACUUGCUAAUCAGUGCUUAGUAACAUCCAAAUAAAAUCUAGAAAUUCACUCAGCAAAACUGGUGCUCACCCUUCUUGGACAGUCUGAUAGUCCAAUGAACUGUACAACAGCCCUAUUAUUGAUCAGAUAAUUGCAUUAAAAAUGCUCAAAAAAGCGCCAACAGCACAAACAUGGUCCAGAGGUCCAGUUCAGGGACUCCAGUUAGCUGUGGUGAAGCCUAGCAGACAGCUAGCAGCUACAGCUGCCUGUCAGUCAAAGAGGCCACGCCCUUAAUAAUGUAAACUUUAGAAAGCAGUUUCUGUAUCAGGCUGUAAACAUGUUUAACAUACAAGUCCUUGAAGUGGCUGUAGCUCAGGAAGUAGAGCACAUCAUCUACUAAUUAGAGGGUUGGUGGUUCAGAUCCUUGGCUGCUCCAGUCUGCAUGCCCAGUAUCCUUAGACUAUACUGAACCCCAAGUUGCACCCGAUGUGUUCAUUUGCGUGUAAAUGUUAGAAAGCCUUGUGUUAACUUUAUACAUGCUGUAUAAAGUGCUUUGAGUGCUCUGGAGGUUCAUUCUUGGUUUGAAUUAGUUAAAUGCAAAUUUGAUUAAAUAUGAUAAUACCCAUGAUGC